AUGAGCUCCACGACGGGGGUUCAGAGCACUGGUGGCGUGUGGUCAUGGCCUAACAUUAUUGGGUUUACAAUGGAAGAUGCCAUGAUGGUCAUCCUUAGGUACAAGCCUGAUGCUGAUAUUGUCUUUCUGCCAGUCGGCUCGCCGGUGACCACAGACGAUUUCCGCCCCAACCGCGUUCGCAUCUUUCUCGACACUAUCAUCUACCCGCCCCGUGUGGGCUAG